GCAUUAUUCCAACACAUUAGAGAUCCCACAAGAUACGACUUAAGAAACUCUUCCUCUCUUUUAGAUUUAGUCUUCACACACGGUGAGGACGUUGGUCAAACGGCUUUUCUCCAACCACUUGGGAGAAGUGACCAUGCAGUCAUCUUAUUCAAAUUCAUGGCUGAAAUUGCUUCUCAAACAAUCGCGCCGGCCCGUCCUAACAUAUGGAAGGCAGAUAUGCAGGCAAUUGACUCCGCAGCAUCGGCUGAGAACUGGGAAAUUGACUCAAAGGCAUCAGUACAAGAGGCAUGGACUCUAUUCAGACAGUUAUACAAUCGGGUAACUCAACCAUAUAUACCCUGGACUGUCCCAAAGAAAAAGAAGCACGGACAUCCCUGGUUAGGGCGGGAUAUUCGACGCUUACUAAGACAAAAGAAGAAAUGCUGGGAUGUUGCCAUCCGCCUUGGCACAGCAGAUACGAUGGAACACUACAGAUCGAUAAGAAACGUGUGUAUAACGAAAAUUCGGGAAGCGCAAAGAAAAUACGAAAUGCAGCUGGCAGAAUCUGCACUCAAGCAGCCCAAGAGGAUAUUCUCGUACAUAAACUACAGAACAAGGACUCAUCACUGGAUUCCCAACCUAAUUAAAGUAGGAAGUGAAUCUGAAAUGAUAGAGGAAGAUCAGGAAAAAGCUGAGAUUAUGGCUGACUACUUUGGGGCAGUUUUCACUCAGGAACCUCCUCUAGAGAAAGAACCAGACCCAAUUACAGAGUCAACAAACCAGCUGCUCACCGUGGACUUCGACCAAAACGAUGUGCUUAAGGCUCUUAGCACCCUAAACACGGAGAAGUCAACAGGACCAGAUGAACUACACCCUAAAAUCUUGAGACAUAUUGCCGAAUAUAUCGCAGCCCCACUGACUGUGAUAUUCAAAAUGUCACUUGACCAAGGUGUGUUACCUAUGGACUGGAAGGACGCAAUCGUCACUCCCAUACAUAAAACUGGUCUACGACAAGUUCCAUCAAAUUACAGACCCGUAAGCCUCACCAGUGUUGUUAUUAAAAUACUGGAAAGGAUAAUCAAACGGACCAUAACAGCAUUUAUGGAAACCAAUAACUUGCUGAACAUGGCACAACAUGGUUUUAGAAAGGGUCUAUCCUGUACAACGAACCUCCUUAUAGCUAGGGAGCUCUGGAUUAAUGCGCUAGACAACGGAAACUCAGUGGAUGUUGUCUACAUAGACUUCAGUAAGGCUUUUGACAAGGUGCCAACUAAUAGACUGCUAUUGAAGUUGGCAAACCUUGGUAUUGCCGGACCUCUUUUAAAAUGGAUUAAGGAUUUCCUAGUAGGUCGUAGACAAAAAGUAAGAAUAAAUUCCAAGUGCUCCAUCUGGAGACCAGUACUUAGUGGAGUACCCCAAGGUUCCGUCCUAGGUCCUUUACUUUUUAUAAUGUACGUUAAUGAUCUUACAAGUAUAGUACAGUCUCCAAUGUUAUUAUACGCUGACGAUGUAAAAAUUUGGCGAGUAAUAACUGGAGACACAGACACAUUUACUCUUCAGGCGGACUUAAAUAAUAUGAUAAACUGGUCUAAAGAGUGGCUAAUGCCUAUCAACUCGGAAAAGUGUGUCUACAUGCACUUGGGGGAUUCAAAGGUUAAUACGUACAACAUAGGAGAUGUGUCAUUACCCGUAGUCCGGUCUCAUAAGGACCUAGGGGUGACCGUGAGCAAUGAUCUUAAGACGACGGCCCAUUGCCGGGAGGUCGCAGUUAAGGGGUUUCGAACCCUCUGGGCUUUAAAAAGGACAUUCACUAAGCUUGAUACUACCAUGUUCACCACAUUAUACACAUCCUUAGUGAGAACUAAGUUAGAGAACUGUGUUCAGGCUGCAAGCCCCUGUUUAAAAGGUGACUCAGACAUACUAGAAAAGGUACAGAGGGCAGCUACGCGUGCGAUUCCGGAACUCCGGGGUUUAUCAUAUGAAGAGCGGCUUGAAAAACUGAACCUCUUUACUCUGUCCUAUCGCAGACUAAGGGGAGAUCUAAUAUUGAUGUACAGAAUACUGAGAAAUGAUUUCGGACCUAACUUAUUCUCUCUCUUUCUUCCCACUAGAUCGGGACACCUCAGAGGACAUAGUAGGCGAGUAGAAAAGCCAAGAACGAACAAAAUACCUCUGGCAUACAGGUUUUCACACCGAGUCAUCAAUACUUGGAACCUGCUGCCUGAAGCAGUGGUAUCGGCACCUUCAAUUGACUCUUUCAAGAGAAGACUGGACACUCACAGAAGCAUACUAGAAAAGGAAUAACAUAGGCCGUAGGCCUUCUGUCCUUACUACACAAAUCUGAAUCUGAAAUGUUAACGUAUUAUUACAAAAUGACCACGACUUCACGUUAUCCUACCAUACGGUGAUAAAGUUAGCAUACUAAGCUACCAUAGACGUGAGUAUACAGUAAUGCAUAUGAAAAUACUCAAUAAGAACAGAGGAAAGCAUGAUGAUAUUACGUGGGGUUUUAGUUUGGUAGUCUGAUUUGAUUUUUCAGAAGUCAAAUUAGUCUCGAAAUGGAAAUAUGUGGGAGUUAUACUCUUUCUUGUUCACAUAGAUAUAAAAAUAAUUGUUUUUCAUCGUGUCACUAUUCAGAAAUAUUGAUCUAACGUAGUAUGAUCAUUUGUAGCUGGUUGUUUAUUAGUUAUCUGCGUAAUAAUAUACAUACAGCUUGGGACAGUCGUACCAGUUCAAUUUUUUGUACGAGUAUGGUAUUAGGACGAAAUUAAAAUAACUGACGGAUUUGUUUAGAUAAUCGAAAAACAAUAUUAGAACGUGCAAACAGUUUCGACAUAGCGAAUCUAUUAAAGUCCUCUAACGGUUGCUCUGCUUGUGAAUCUAAGAAACGACAUACAAAUCCGCUUAUAUAGACAAAUCACUCGCUUUAUCGAAUCCCUAUGAAGACCAAGGUUAUUUUUUAGGAGUUCUCAUACUAUUCUUGGUUAGGCUUUCGGAUUUAGGGUUAGGAUUGAAAGGUUCAAUUUUGGAUUUUCACCAUCGGCUGAAAUCAGUUAUAAUGCAAAAAACUGCUUUGUAGUUGCAUAGCUAUGAAAAUCUUAAAAGGCACUAUAAUUAGUUCGUCCAUAAACUAUAAUGCUGAUAGGUCGAUGUUUAUUUUUGAACCAAGAUUGAAAUUUAAGAAUGGUAUUUAUUUGCUUGCUAUAUAAAAUAUACUGAAAAGGGAUUGAACAUUUAGUAUGUUUAAUAAUAUCACGUUUACUCCAUUGUAGCGGAAAUAGUUUUUCGUCACCAUUUUAGAUUUUCUGAGCACUAUAGAAAACUAUUUUUACUGCUUGUCAUACUUGCUAACGUGAUAGUCGCAUUCUUGGUUCUGAUUAGUUCGCCCCUAAACUGUACUUUCGCCUAAUGUUUCGCAAUUUAUAGCACGAGAACUUAAGGUCGAUAACAACAGCGAAACUAAGUUAGGCGAAAAUAGUGAAUGGAUGUCAUUAAGUUAUUGGCUCAUAAGAUGUUUAUAAUCAGAAUGAACAUGAAAGAUAAGCACAUCUGAUCAUAGUAAAAGCUUAUGAGUCAUGAUUUAUGUAGUCGUAGUCAUUUUUUAAACCGGAAUCCACUGGUCAAAGUACUAUGUGGCUAUUUGACUGUAUGUAUUCUAAUCGUCUUCUUUUGGUGCUUAGCCACGUUUUUCAUAUUAAAAUAAGCUACUGUUUAAGAUCAUCGGUACUAUUGAUUUCCGACUUUUCUAUUGGAUGUUUGUAAACAAUCCCUGAUCGAUCAAUGCCUUUAUUUGUCUUUUCAUUUCCAAACUACUGAACGUUUUUUACACUUAAAACUGAUCGAACCAUAUGAUAAAUGUUAGCAACCUUUUAUUUAUGAGAAUGCAUUAUCUAGACGUUGGGACUGCAUGCUAAAAACACUGUCCUUGUUUCUCAUGUUUGGUUUUGUUGACAUACACUACUCAUUUAUCCCUAAAGAAUCAAUUUCAUCCAUUUUCUAUGCUUGAUAUAUUUAUUUGUUUAUUUAGUAUACAGCCUUUUCCUUCUACAUCUCCAUAAUAUUACCAGUUCAUUUUGUGUGGGGAAUUAUUUCGAUCCCCUGUUGUAUCGGAAUUGUCAGGUGUAGUAAGUAGAUAAAAAUGAAGAUCAUUUGUUGGGUGGAUUUUUAAGCGCGGAAAUAAUACAGCCCUUUAAGUAAAUCCCACUUUUGUUCAAUUGACAAGUAACUAACCAUAUUUGAAAUCCUAGCUGUUUUCACACCGUCCACUGCCUAAAGACUCCGCAAUCUGUCAUGAUAAACAAAAAGGCUGUCAUUUUGUGCACGUCAUUAAACUGGUACCUUUUUAGCUCCUCAUAGGUCUAUUUGUAACAACCAACGGUUGUGUGGUAAAUGUUUUCGACAUAGCACAGUUAAGUUUUGGUCAAUGAGUCAUAUAUAGCAGUAGACCUGGUACGACUAUUUUGGUUCAAUUCGCUGCACUACGCAGCACAUCGAAGGAGGAAAUUAUCAAUGUGAGGGGUCAAGAAAGUGAAAACUAUCAGUCAUUGCGAUAAGCGUACAUUUGAAAUAAUGUUCAAAAGCAACAAAACUAAGAAUAAGAAAUAUGAAGUGAAAUCAAGCUUAUAUUUUAAAAAGAAAUAGAAAAUAAAUUUGUCUUUGCUACUGUAACUGACAUUAGUUAUGUCACAA